AUGUUACCAACCUACUGGAGCACAUCCUUUGCAGUUCCCCUUAUUCCAGAAUCGGAUAUGGCAGAGGAGGAUCAGGAUAUGAAAAUGCAUGAGGAAAAAGAGCUUUGUAGAGGGUAGACAAUGGAGACAAAAAUAUCAAGGUAUUUGGAUACAUUUUCCUUUAUUUGAGACACUGAACUGCUCUGCUCCAAGGAAAAGCUGCAUGCAACAUAGAGUAAUUAUCAUGCUCUAAUUUCAGGUGCAAUUUUAAACCUUUAACUCCCAGGAUCCAAUUGUCAAUUCUCCACUCUAGCUGCUACACAUUUUUUUGUAAGCUAGUUAUAAGGAUUUGAUGGUAGAUCAAGAUAGCAACUUCUACCUGAUAAAUUUGGGUAUUCUCAUUAACUUUUUAUUGGAUAAUGACUGGAUAUUAUAGGGAGAAGUUACUUGUUAAUCACUUGUGGGAGUUAUAGGGUUAAAUAUGGGUUUUUGCUUUUGCUGUUAAAUUAAGGGAAAGUAAAAGUGGGUCAGUGAAUUAAGACAGGUUUCUCUUUGUAUUGUAGUUACAUGAAGGAAAAUCUGCCAUUCUUGGGAGAUUUAUCACUUUUACUCUCACAAGUGGCCAUUAAGUUACUUUUCCUUUAACCCUUUAACUCCCAGAAGUGAUGAACAUGUAACUUCUCCCUAUAAUAUCCAUAAAUUGUCCGACAAUUAGGUAAUGAGAAUACUCAAACUUAUCUGAUAGAAGUUGUUAUUUUGAUCUAGCAUCAAAUCCUCAUAACUAACUUAAAAAGAAAUGUGUGGCAGCUAGAUUGGAGAAUUGAUGAUUAGAUCUUGAGAGUUAAUGGGUUAACAUUUCAUCCACAGACUGUAUGGUAGUUGACAAUCUUGAAUUAAAUCAAGUUUUAAAGUGAGGGCCAGACACAAACACUUAAAUUACAGGAAAUAAAUAGCAGACCAUGAUAAUAUUAGUGACCAGUUAAUAUUUUAUUGACAAGAGGGGGGGCUGAGAUGAUUUUUGGGGGGAUCACAUGGUUUUCAGGUGAAUGGUGAGGGGAUCUGUCAUUCACAAACAGACUAUAAAGGCAUUGUAGAAAAUCGAGUGUUUUUUCUUUUGUAUUUUUCCCCCAUUCCCUUCUUUAGAACCUCACCACACAAGCCACAUUUACCUGAUAGGGGUUAAUCAUUGAAAUUCAAGAAGUAGAAUGUAGGAAAAAAUGCAUGUACAAUGUCGCCUGAUAUUCCACUUGAAUAAGCUUAGUUGUCCUGCAGCUGUAGCCUGAAAUUCCAUUUGAAUAAGCUUAGUUGUCCUUAGUUGAGAUGACUCGAUACGCAUUAUUGUGAGUACAAUCCAAGAACAAAUUUUGUCAAGGAUGGAAACACACCUCCAAGGGCUUCUUUAUUUCAACAGUUACAAACAUUACUUAAGACAUCAUUUUCAUAAAAAGUUCUCAAUCUAAUCCAGUGCAGCAGCUCCUGAGAUGAUCUCAAUCAAUUCCCUUGUAAUCACAGCUUGACAAGUUUGAUUGUAUGUCAGAGUCAACUUGUCAGUCAUUUCACCUUUAAGUUCAGAUCUUGCACCAAGAUCUCAUUAGUAAUUCUCCUUACUGUCUACCAUACAGUUCUUGUGAUGUUAGUUUUGAGAAUUUGGUAUUGGAUCAACUACUAAACUACUAAUCCUCUAACUGAUAUUUUUCUUUAUUUUUGUCACUUAUCUGCUUGAUAUUAAUUGUAUUGAUAUCGCAAGGAGAAAUUCUGUCUUGGUCACUUAUGGGAGUUAAAAGGUUAAGAGAGAUGGAAAGAGUAAACUUUAAUGAGGGUAAAAUUCUUUUGUACACCAUUUUGGGGUUGAAAUACUCAUUCUCUGACCAAAUCACAUGAACAAGAGUUGAUAAUGUAGGGAGAAAUUAGAUGCUAGUCAGCUCUUAGUGGUUUAAGGGUUAAAUCAUGAUUGGGUUAAGUAUCGUAUCUGACCAGGUGAGAGAUUAGUGCAAGUUUGCUGGACCACUCAUAGAACAAAGUGAAGUUAUACCAAUGCAAUGGAUACUAAGUUGAAAAUUUCCUUAUCUUGCAGGAAACCUUCAGUUACCUUCAGGUCUUCAGUCUCUCAAAAAUGGAGUCACCAGAUUGGAUCACUUGGAGACCCUGCUUCCAACCUGCUGAAGCACUUCCUUCAUCAAGAUAUGCCAUGGCAUGAAGGUUGAUGGGGUAACCAGGUUCUUGCAAUUGGGUCAGGAAGCAGCCCCACAAUAUGCCCUCAUCACUGAUGGUCAAUACCAUGCUACCUCACUAUAUUGGGAUGCAUGGAAUAGGCUGAUUGUCCUGAUGCCUCUCUGCAGCGAUGAUGUAAUCAUGAAGGGUUCAAUUCACAUGUAGCUGGUAAUGGAUUCAGCAGGGUACGAAUAAGUGUCAUUGGCAACAAACAAGAUGAUUGCAAUUCCCCUGAUUCCAGAAUCUGAUCUGGUGAAGGAGGAUCAGGAUACCAAAACACAUGUGGAUACAGAGCUUUGUGGAGUGCAGGCAACAGAGACAAAAAUAAAUUAUCAAGGAAUUUGGAUACAUCUUCAUUCAAUAAAGACACUGAACCACUCUACUCAAGGAAAAGGCUGCAUGUGACAUAGAGCAAUGAUCAUGCUUUAAUUUCAGUAUUGGGAUUUUGAAAUGAAAGGAAAAUAAAAGUGUGUUAAUGAAUCCAAAUCACCUUUCUCUUUAUAGUGUAGUCACUCAAAGGAAAAUCUGUUUUUCUUGGGAGAUUUGUCACUUUUACUAUCACAAGUGGCCAUUGUGUUACUCCUUUUACAUUUUGUUUACAGAUUGUCUGAUGGAUGACAAUUUUCAAUAACAUCAAGUGUUUAACCCUUUAAAUCCCAUGAGUGACCAAAACAGAAUUUCUCCUUACAAUAUUUAUCAAUAAAGGGCAAAAUUACUGAGCGCUGAUUGGUUGAGAGAGAGGGCAUUUUUUCUUAAUCGAGGGCAUUUUUAGUAAUCAAGAGAGGGCAUGAUUACCUUGUUCAGUUAAAAGCACUUUGUUGUUUUUCUGUUGGCAGAAACGCUCUGUUGAAAUGAGCUUUGUUUUCUAGACUUUUGGCAGUGUAUCACGACACAGUUUUGGAGAAUAAAAUUUCAUUGAAUCGAUUGGUCAGUUCAAUUUGAUUGAUGAUUUGCCGUAGCGCUAAACAGGCUUCCCAGAUAAAAAUAGACUGCGCGCGUGAUUUUCCUUCGUAUAAAUUUUGCCCUUUAUUGAUAAACAAGUAAUCCCAUGAGACCUCGUACUAUUAAGGAUUAAUUGCACUUGAGUUUUCAAAAUUUUGGAAAAUUUUGAAAACUCUCGUGCAAUUAAUCCUUAAUAGUACUUGGCCUCAUGUGAUUACAUAUACAAAGCAGACAAGUGAUGAGAGUGAAGAAAAAUAUCAAUUAGGGGAUUAUAACUUGAACUAAUACCAAAUUCUCCAAACUAAAAUAACAAGAACUGUAUGGCAGACAGUAAAGAGAAUCACUUAUGAGAUCUUGGGUGUUAAAGGGUUAAGUUAGGGCCAGACACAAACACUUAAAUGAUAUGCAACCAGUUAUCAUUUUAUCAUCAAGGGAGGGGGGUUGGAGGCUCUUUUGGGAUCACAUGGUUUUCAGGUGAACGGUUAGGGGUUUUGUCAGUCACAAACAGACUAUAAAAAGGCACUGUCGAAAAUAGUGUUUUUUUUCCCAUUCACCCCUAUUUCCCUUUUAACCCUUUAACUCUCAUGAAUGACCAAGACAAUUUCUCCUUACAGUAUCAAUACAAUAUCAAGCAAAUAAGUGAUGAAAAUAAAGAAAAAUAUCAAUUUUGGGAUAAUUAGAUGAUCCAACACUCAAUUCUCUGAACCAACAUUAUAACAGUUAUAUGAUUGACAGAAACAAUUAAAAAUUUGACUUGGGAGUUAUAAGGUGGAUUUGGGAGUUAAGAACCUUGCCACACAGGCUACAUUUACCUGAUCAUGGUUAAUCAUUCAAAUUCAGUUAUUCAAUUCCCGUAACUACCCAUGACACACAGUGGACUUGUGUGAGAGAUGCUUUCCCCACCCCCACCUACCCUAUUAAGCAUAAUUUUGUCUCCAAAGUUCCUCUGUUGUUAGAGAAUCUAUAAACCAAUCAGGAUCUGUCUUUUGUGAAGAUAUUUUGAUGACUCUAGGGGGUACUAGAAAGGCAUCAUUUUAUGUGUUCACAAGAAAUGAUUAAAUGUGAAAUCAAAGGAAACUGUGAAUAAAUCGUGGGUACAUUACGUUUGAAUGAGUUUUGAAGAUAAUUAAAUUCCUCUUUACAAAAACAUACACUUUUACGUGUAAACAUAGGCAGCCAGUGGGUAACCCUUGAGUAGAGUUGAAACUACUUGGAAUUACUUUGAACUGCUGGGGUGAUGUUGGAUGAACAGUUGGAAUUCACAUUUUGGCUACUGUUUGACCUACACCAUUCCUUAAACUUCACUUUUUGCUGUGAAAUCAUAUGCUAUAGCAGAUUUCUAACGUAAAAUUUGUAUGUAUGUACUUUGGGUAGUGAAUAAGUAACUUGCUCCAUUCUUGUUUGACAUGUGCAUCAGCUUAUGUACCUUGGUGUGACAUGUUGGCUAAAUACCUUAGCCAUGAAUGGUCUGUACUACUUUUGAUGAAUCUUUCUGGAUUGUUUGUGAUAUAUUGAACACCAGUACUACGAACAUUCAUGUGAUAGCUAGGUUCACCAUACAACUGAUGGGACACAACUCUGAAGAAAGAAUCACCUGCACCACCAAUAUCCUAUAUUCUUAAGAGAUGUUGAGCUUAUCGAGACUGUUAAAUUAAUAAAGAUGGUUUGGAUUAUUUCACCUAGUAACAGGCCUCGGGUUUAACACGAUAUCUCCCGAAGUAAGUAACUUUGUCCUUGAAACAAAAUACUUGUGAUUUCGUUUCUUUAUUGAAUAACAUUGAACAACAUGUACAAAUUCAUCAUGAAAAACAAGUGAUACUUCACAUGUUUUUUAAUGCUUUACAGUUCUUGUUUUGAAGACAUAAACACAAUCAAAAGCAAAAUACAACCUUGAACUUUAUGAACGAGUUAUUACAACUGGUUUACUUCUAUACAGUCUGGUUUAAAGAUAAUUACGGUAAUAAAACGAUAAAAUCGUUUUCAACGCUGACGAAUGUGGAAAACUUAGCACAGUACGAGACCUUACAUACCUCCUAAUUUACUCUUGUUAAAUAAGUUCAGAAUUUUCUUCCACGGUAAUCUCGAUGGUCCACUAUCACGACAGACACCUUCGCUAAUACGAUUGGACUUUGACCUACUUCAUUCCUGUAUGAUUUCUGUUACUAACAGAUCAGUCUUCUGACUGCGUUUCGUUCUGCAUGGCCACAAGAGUGUUUUGGUUGGAUAUCAUGGACUGAUCAGUUGUGCUACUCAUGUUGCUCUAGUCUUUGUUUAACCUUGUGCUUGAUUCAUACUUUAGCUGAUAUGUGUGCUAAUAGGUUCCCUCGUGAGUACGAUCAAAGUUUCGCUCGUAAGGUUCACUCGUAAAAGGUUCAUCAUUUAUAAACCCAAUGUGAGCUUGGAGGAUCGACGAGCAAACGUCUCGAGGGGUCAAAGACUCUUCGCAUUCACCUUCCACACAGCUUACUACCAUGUGCUUGCUGCGACGAGUACUAGUCGAAACUUUCUCGAAGGAAAGUCGAAUUCUAUAUCAACGUCGCGGCAGUUACUUCGGAAAGUCGACAGACGCGUCCCGGUAUUAUCUCGGAAAGUCGAUAGUAAUUGGUCUGCCGUUGACAUAUCGACGUGUUUACAUCUGAGUGAGUGACAAAUUUGCAUAUUCUGAUCCCUAACAUCAGUGCUUUAUACGCUUUGCGUAUCCACGACUAAAAAUAAAGUGGUUCAAGGAAUCAAAAUUACGCUUCUCUUUGUUUUGUAGUUAAUCAUAGGAAAAUCUGUCUUUCUUGGGAGAUAUAUCACUUGUACUCUCACAAGUGGCGGUCGUCACCGAAGCGUUAUUGAAUUUUUUGAUAGGUUCGUGACGGAAGUACAGAAAUAUGAUAGGUGAUUUGGGUUGAUUGAUUGUGAGAUGGGAGUUACUCGUGAGUAGGAUCGUGAAAAUGUUGUACAUCAAACCAGUGUGAUAUUUUGUCGCGAGAUCAUUUACGACAUGGCCAUUAACUCACUUCUCCUUUAACAUUUCAUCCACAGAUUGUCUGGUACAUGACAAUUUUGAAUAACUUCAAGUGUUAAAGUAAGGGUUAGACACGAAAGCUAAAAUUACAGGGAAUGAAUGGCAGACCAUGACAAAAGCGACCACUUAUCAUUUUAUUGCCAGCGGAAGGGGGGCUUGGAGGAUUUUUUGGGGGAUCACAUGGUUUUCAGGUGAAUGGUGAGGGGCUCUGUCAGUCACAAACAGACUAUAGAGAGGCACUGUAGAAAAUCGUGUGUUUUUUUAAUUGCUUUUUUCCCAUUUACCCCUAUUCCCUUCUUUAGAACCUCGCCACGUAUCCUAAAUUUACCUGAUAGGGGUCAAUCAUUCAAAUUCAAUUGGUAGAAUGUAGGAAAAAUGUAUGUAACCUUAUAUUCCAUUUGAAUAAGCUUGAUUGUCGUGCAGCUGUAAAAGGAACUUGUUGUUCUGCUUAAUGUCAAACUUUGAUACUUCAAAUUCUGUUGUAUAUACCAAGGGCAAUCAUGAAGUGCAAUACCUCUUGUUGAUCGCAUGAAUACGGCUAGAAAAUCCCACGACCAGGAGAUGACUAGGUACACAUCGUUAGCGCAAUUCAAGAACACAUUUUGUCAAAGAUGGAAACAUACCCCCAAGGACUUCUUUAUUUCAACAGUUACAAAAAUUAAUUAAGACAUCGAUUUAAUAAAAAGUUCUCAAACUAAUCCAAUGGAGCAGCUUCCGAGAUUAUCUCAGUUGUAAGUCAAAGUCAACUUGUCAAUCAUUUCACCUUUAAUGGAGAUGUAAACAGUUUGUUUGGCAAAGGUGAAAUUCUUUUGUACACCUUUUAGCGCUGAAAUACCCAUUUUCGGACCAAAUCACAUGAACAACAUGCAGUUAUGACUAUUGAAAGAUAAACUGAUUACUGAAUGAGCACGGUAUAGCAAACGCUUCAAGAGAUGUCGGAAAUUUUUACAAAAAACUGUCGCUCAUGUGCAAUUUUUCCAUCCAGUAUCUUGGAUGGCUAGCGAUUCCGUAUAAUUUUGGAAAAAGCUACAUUUGAUUGAUAACACGUUAUCCAGCACUUUAGAGCAAUUUGCAAUUGAAUGUUGAAAGAAAUCCGGUUUGCUUCGUUUCUGCUUUGUGAUUGGUUCAGAGAAUUCGCGCCACUCUCUCAACCAUUCCGAUGCAAAACUAAAAACCAUUCACGACCUGGUCGCCUGCGUUUUCCCGCGCUUUAGUAAGUUUGGUUGGUUUUACUUUCAGUUGUCAUUGGCUCUUAAAGGUAUUUCCCUUUCUACUAGUUGGCCGUUGUGAUUAAUUUGGUUUUGGUUUUACGACACUCUAAGUGCUCCCUGACUUUUGAAUGAAUUGAAAUCACUGCAUGCAUACUCACACAUCAUGGUGAGGGAUAACUUUUAUACUGACGGUCGAAACAGUUUCGAUAAGCCAUUUACGAGAAGCACAGGGCUGCUGUUGAGGACAAAGAUACUUGUAAAGCCUUUGUAAUGACACAUAUUUUCAUUCUCAACCAAACAAUUCACUUUUGCACCUCAAAGGUUUUGCAUUUCGCCUCAGUUUGAAAGUGAGGAGGUUUUUUAACUUGAAAUUGGCACAAACUCAUUUACUAUUUCGUAUCUAUCAACCUGACCGCAACAUUGGCAAACAUUGGCAUUGUGUUUUCUUGAAGUUGCCAUUACAAGAUGGACAACCAAAUUGUUCCAUAUUAUUAAAUUCAACAUGAAUUUCUGAAUUACAAUCCAUCAUACUAUUGUAUGAGAUUUCUAAUUUUUGUGAAAAAAUUAUUCGACUAUAACAUAACCCCAAAACAAUAGCAAUGCUAUGACUCAUUUCGUCGGGAAAGUCAGUGUUUUUCUGAGAAUGUCGCGCCAGGGAAAAAUGCUGUGAGAUCAUAUCCUUUGAUAUUAUAAAAUGAUGCCAUAAGUUUAUAUUUCCAUCUUUUACAUCCAUCUUUUAUUUCCACAAAGUGGAAAGUAGUAUAGAAAGUUGGCGUUUGUACGUGAUCACUUUUUCAAAGUGGUCUCGUAUGCCAUCUCCUAUACUACUGGCUUGACGCUUUCUCAGUUUUUAUCUUGCGGAAGUCUCUGUUCAGGGCGCCCCCCCGACAAUGUGAAAGGGGUGCUUGUAUAUUUCUGCAAACAAGGACCAUGUGCAUCGAACACAACAAAGAAGCGGAUAUGUAGUCUUUUGCUUCCAUUACGAAGAAAUAUUUCAUUGCUUCAGUUUUGACUUAAAUUGCCUAAUGUAGUCGCGUACGCUCGCUGUCGUUAGAAAAAAUUGAGAUGUGGAAGCUGAUAUAUUGCAAAAACUAAUAGUACGAGAUUACAAGUAAGUAUCUCUUAUUUUGUUGCAAAAUAGAUUAUUGUAAAACGAACCCAACAUCAAUGGCGAGAUAAACCAGACCAUUAUCUGUGCGAAACUUCAUCGCUUCAGUUUCACUGUCUUAAGUGCCUGUUGCUUUUAAUGAGACUACAAGAUAAGUGGGGAGGCUAUUGAAAACUCCGGCCAAAAGCCACUCAAUCAUUUGCCUCAUGCAAGGCAUCCCCCGCCUUCAAGUCAGCUUUGCGGAUGAAAAUGCGGCAGGGGGCUUAACAUAAAGGCUAGUGCCCCGCAUGCAGCCCAGCCACUAACCUAUCCAAGGGUGGGUUGCAAAUGGCUCUGUGUGGAAAGCUUUAAAGGUGCAAGUGGUGGAGGGGAAGGGGGGGGGGGUGUAGGUUGUUGGACCUCCAGAUUAAAUGGCAUUUUUCUCUGAAGCUGGAGAGGGCUUGUCUUAUUCAUCCUGUUUGACAAUCCGCGUUUCAGGAUUGGUAGUCAGGCUCGUACCCUGUCACCUCAGUCACUGCGCUAACACUCCAUGGAUGGAGGGUGGUUGAGUUUCAAAAUCAUGCCUUUGGGGAAGAGGGCUCUAUUGACAUUGGCAGAGACAGAAUGCGUAAACAAAAUGAAAUAUUUAAUCGCCUCUUUGUCAACUUCAUUUCGAGACUUUCUCGAUAAUAUUCGCUUAGUCUCAGUGUGUAGAUUUGAAUUUUAAAAAUCAUUGCGAAUUACUCCGAAAAAAAAAGGAAGAAACAAGGUGAUUACUAGUUUAGGAAGACCUCAGGAUUAACUUAUAGCUCUCACUCUGGGUGUUCGUAAAACUUUGCCGCAGGACUUUAUGAUACUUAUUGCCUUCUCGUCCUUUUAUUUUUGUCACAAAAACAUAGCAUUUAUCAUGGAACGACAUAUUUCCCCUUUUUGGCUGUCUGAUUGUUUAUCUCUGCUACAUACUUUGUACAAUGUGUCAUCUUUGGUAAAAUCCCACGGAAAUGAGUAAUCAAACAGGAUAUCGUUAGUCAGGUUCGAGAUUCUCGUCUAGAUAUCAUUGUUACUCGAUCGUACAUCAAACCUUUUCAGGGCAAGCCUACAUUUUAUUGAAAAUAUAUCUGCUUCCUCAACUGACAAGAGAUCUUUUCAAGAUUCCGACCUAAAAUACCAAUUCCCAAUGGCGACGGUAUCACAAACACCGAGAAUUACGCACGCAAUGCAAAUUCAACCCUUAAUCAGUAUUUCCUAGGAUCUCAUUUCAAUUAUUUGUUGGAAAUAAAAAUUUGACUGUUUACUUACAGUCGACUAUGAUCUUCGCCUUGAACAGGGAUGUUAAAAACGAAAUGCUUGGGGAAAAGCUCUCCAUUCCGGUUACUUCACAAGCUUCAAAGUAAGUUUCAGUUGAGAAAGAUUAUUUUAAUCUCACAAUAUUACACAGACAUGGAAUGUUCGAGGGUCUUAAUUGGGCUAACAGCGAGCCUAGACACGGCGAAAAAAAGAAGCCGUCACGUUAGUCGUAUUAAUAGUUAACCGUAAAAAUGUUUUCUGGCCAAAAAAAAAAAAAACUCAAGGAAAUUAAGUAUUAGCAGUGAUUUGGCCAAAUUUUUAACCGUUAGCCGUAGAAGCCAUCACCUUAUUCCAAAUGUGCAAUAAGGAUUUUGCACAAUCUGGUAUAUCAUUUCAUAAAGAUUAACUCCUUACCAACCGAGCGUAAGUGCCUCACCGAGGAACUUUGGUCAGAUUUCUUGACAGUACAGACCGAGCAUAGCGAGGUCUGAACAGAAACGAAAGAGGGCCAAUAUUCUCAAGUACGAUUCGAGCAAGCGAAGGUGGCGAUUUUAUUAGUUGGUAGUUCAUUUUAUGCCACUCAGACCAACCUUGUUUAUUUCAAAUUUGCUGACUUCUGCGACCUAAAGGACAUGGCUUAUAACCGGAGACGGUCCGUAUGACAGAGUACGGACCAAGUAAGGAACAAUCAGAAUUCUCGGAUUUACCUAAGGACUACCUUACUGCUUAAUAAAUCAUAACUUAAAGCCUUGACUUAAAACGAUAGCAGUGACCUAAAAAAUAGUUAGAGAACUUGGCAACGGAAUUGUUUAGAGGGGAUGAGCUGAUAAUAAAAAUCAUUUCCCAAGAUUCUUCGCAAGUUCAUAAAUCUAAUGCAAGAAUUAACUGAAGCCUGAGCAGCAUUAAAACAGUCACAGAAGAAAAUAGGAAGAACAAAUAAGUCAUAACUUAAUCUUUUUUCACAGAAAAUUUGUUUGAUUUUUUAAACGUUGACAAUGAAAAAUUGAAAUUAAAAAAAUUUUUUUUUUGCUUCUGAUUAAAUAUUGACUUAGAUUCAGAAUUUCCGGUUUUGCAUAUUUGACAAAACCGGACCGAAUUUUCACUUUGGGCUAAUUGAAAAAUGAGAAAAAUUACAAUUUUGCUCUUCUUUCAAAUCACCAAGCGGCAAGUGUUAGCUGAGCCCUAGAGUUUCACAUAUUCCUGCUUCCGGCCUUCUGAUAAGGCCUGUCCGGAUUGUUCUCGGCGACUUUUGAGCAACGUAUUGCGUUGGGAGAAACUUUUUGUGAUUCUAACAACCUUGGGCAAUUUUUUUGGCAACUUUUAGACUUAGAACACACAUCAAGCACGAUAAAGUCAACGAUUUCCUGAAAAAAAUUAGAUCGAUCUAUGCAAUUUCUUAAAUGUUUCGGCGGCCUAUUGUCUAAUAUUAGAACGGGUAAUCGGCUAAAACGACGGCAAAGAUGACAAGAUGGCUGUCUUUGUUCAUUCAUUUCCAUAAACAGAAACGGAUGGUUAGAAACUACCUUUACGUGUGAGCAACUACUUAAAGCUAAGUUUGUUAAUGCGAAUAACGAAGAAUAUAGCUUUUCAUUAACGUUUAUCUGAAAAUAUCAGGAAUUUAGGUAGCAGCUUUGAAAUUUAGGUAGCAGCCUUUUUGGAUUUUUUGGCAAUUUUUAAGUAAUUUUUGGCUUUCCAUUGAGCAACUUUCUGACAUUUUAAGAGCACAAUCGAGACAGAUCUACUUCUAAUUUCUGAUAACCAAAUUAGUGGCUGUUCAGGUUGUCUAUGUCAACGGUUUGCUUUCAAAAUCUGUAUUUCCAAAAGCGAAAGUGACUUCGCUGGUUGAGAAUUUUACGUGGACAGAGAACUUUACACAAUGACUCUGGCCGGGGCUUAACUAAGCGUGAAUCUUUUCAUCUGAAGUACAACGACCUUCUCAACGAGCCCUACAUCCUUCCUGUGGUUCAGGUACAUUGUGGUGCUUUCUCACGAAAAUAACGCGAAUUUGCGAAGAGAUGAAAAUCAGUUCUUGAUUUGCUUGCAGUAAUGCAAUGAUGACAAUCAAGUAGAGAAUAAUAUAUGGAUGCACGUAGAUAUGGAAUUUCUCUUCGAACGUUUAACUCGAUAGCUCGCAAGUAAGCGCAGCGAACGAGCGAAAUGUCAAGUUGAACGCGAGAAGAGAAAUUUCAUUUCUACAAGCAACCGUAUAUUAUUUUGUUUAUCAUAUAAACAAAAUAGCCCUUUGCUGACAAGAAAAGUGUACUUCAGUAUGAUUGAAAAUAAAAGGAUAGGCAAUCCCCGAAUAAAAAUCGUUGAGUGUUGAAUCACUUCAAAAACAAACAAUGGGCCUAAUUUUCAAAAUAAAAAUUCUCAGUUAUGAAUUGGUCCUUACCGACAGAAGAAAUCUUUCAGGUACACGGCCAAAACCGGCCUGUGGCAUAUCUUCUGGUUGUCGAUUUUCGUUCUCAGCCGCGAGAAAUCCCAUCACCAAAGCCACUCAAUACGUAACUUUCGGUUUUUCUUUUCGUAUUUUGGUUUUCUUCCCCUUCUAGGAAAGUUUAAACGUCACUACCUGUAAGUGACACGGAUUUUUCAUUCCUUUAGCAGCCAUAAUCGAAAAUAAAAACGACCUUGGAUUGAGAUUGGUGAAGGCGUUGCCGUUCAUUCACCAACCUGACCGAGAGGCGCAAAAGGCGAGUGACGUGUCAACAGCUGAUUGGCGAUAUUAAACACUCGUGAAAAAACAUCGUAUUUUUUUCACGUCUGUUAUUAAAGCUUUUCUCAGGGCUGGAAAUCCUUGUCUAACACCGUAGUUUACAUGAUAAAUAAUUUUAAACAAUAGAGGGAAUUCGUAUAACCCGUUCGGUAGACGCUAAUGAGUUUGCCACUAAAGGCUAAUGAUAAGAAAAAUUAAGAGCCGUUGUGAAUAUUUAUUCAAAUACAUAUUCACCGAUGAGUUUCCCUCGUGAAAAUUCCCAAUCAACCGAUGCUACAAACAGUAAUGAUUUUCGUCGGGUGGUGGUGACAUUAAAGUCACAAAAAUCAGCAAAAAGGCGAAUACAUUCAGAAGCACUACACUUAUGUGUGCACCUUCAUGACCUUUUGGUUCCACAUAAUGUUUUUGGCUCCCACAUGUUAUCAACAGUCCAGUACAUUUGAGCGUGAAUCACUCGUGCGGGGUCACGAGAACAUUACACCCACGACAUAUUCUCGCUGAUUUUUGUGACUUUACAGUCACCACCACCCGACAAAUAUCAUUACCCUUUGCAAUAUCGGUUGAUUGAAAUCUCUGAGAAAGUUCGGCGGUGAAAAUGUCUUGCAAUAGAUGUUCACGACUGUUCUUAAUUGUUCUUCUCAUUUGUUAUUAGUGACAAACUCACAGGCACUUAACGAAUGAGUUUUACGAACUUAGUCUAUUUCCAUCACAAAUAUACACAUAUACAUAGUCUUUAUUUCUGUGUCUAGUCGUUCUAGCGCCAAGGCACUAAUUGGGGACACUCGAUUAAACCUAUAUUAAACCUUAAAAGGAUCUUUCGACAUGUUUGGGCAAGACUCAUAAACAUUUGUCUAAACAGGACUGGAGCUUUAUUUCUCUACUAUAAGUUUCUUACCAAACUGUAAUCUCCCGUCAAGUGUGUUUAUGUAAAAUCAGUUCUAUGAGAUCCUGCACUGCUUUAACUCAAAGUUGGUCAAGUUAAAUACUUUGCAAAACUUUUCACUUGUUUUUCUUCUUCUUUAAUUUAGGGUUUCAGAAGCAGUGACGUUGUCAACGCCGGCUUCUUUUUCAUCUGUCGUUAACGUUUCACGAUGACCUGAGCGAAGACUGCUUUAAUUUAAAUGAAGAAGUUCCGAUAUUCAAUUCAGGUAUGUCAAAGUAGCCACGAUUCAGGAGAAAUUCGUGUUGAGAAAACAUGAAAUCAAGUUUAACGUCAUUUUUUUUUCUUAUGCAAUAGUUUUUUUUCCUUUAUUUUUUUGUGCAGUGCAGCCAGUGCAGUUUGAAUGAGAUAAACACGAGUAAUUCAGUUUUUAAAGACCGAGGAGAUCUAUGCAAAAUAAUUUAAAAAAGCUUGUGUAUAUGAUCCCAAAGUAGACAAAUAUUGACAAGAUGGGAUAACUCCUCUAACUCUUGUCUUUCCUCAUCCUUUAUAUUUCGGUGGACGGCUUGGGAGACAGAUUUGCAUGAUCAUGAUUCUGCAAAUAAAAUGCAAACUAGGCAGGCGCGCGGUUUUAAAUAGACUACGCGCUCGGCGGUCAGAAAUUUUCGCAGAAUUUACACUGAGUAUUGCUCUCAAUCUUCCUAACUUAGUAUUAGAACUUUGUUUGGAAAUGUGAAGCUAAUCCAAUAAUUACUUUGGUGUUUAGUGGACGAAUUUUCCGGGUUGUGCAUACACUGAGAUCAAACAUUUUUUGCUCUGUAUUGCCUUUAUUUCUUCUGCAUUGUGUUUCAUGCAAACUGCAUUUGUUUCAGCAAAUCAUAAUGUAGAGGUUUAAAUUUUUAUAGGAAAUGUAGAAGUUUGAAUUUAUAAAGAAUAGUAAACAUUUAUGUGGUGCAUGUCGCGCGCUAAUUGACUUUGAAAAUUUCUCUAAGAUUUGUUUCAAAAAUGUUAUAGAAAAAAGCGUUUAGUCGAUACUUCGAACAAACGAUUGCAAGGUCCCUGCGUCUUGCUGAGGCGACCAACAAUUUCCAAGAAACUUAAAUGUUGUGACUUUCACCGUUAACAAGCAGUCUUCCACAUACACUUCUAGCCAGCACCAGCACUUACCUUUAUAUUAAAAUUCCUGGUGCCAUGUCGAAAAUAUAUUAUUUGAUCCUUUCUGGAAAAUUUUCUUUAGUUUAUCCAAAUAUGAAAAUAACAAGGUCUAGUAAAGAAUCUCUUGGAUUUUAAGAUCGACCAGGAAAAGCUCUAAUUAGUCAUUACCUUGCACAAAGAGAGUGUUUCUUUGUCUGGAAAUGAUCAGUAAAACAUGUGUGAAAGCCUUUACCUACUUGACUGAGAAACUUCAACAGUGGUCAGUUUUCUGCCAUAUGCUAACAAUUAAAAGAAGUGAUUUUAUUAAUAUCGGCUAGUAAUACUCCCCAACGGUAUCUUAACUCGACAUAGAAAUACUCAGAUUUGAAUUCGCUUCAGCCUUUGGAUCGAAAAUCAGGAAAUAGAAUAUGAGAAUAAUUCACCAUUGCUCAGGUCAACUUUUUUAUCAGUCAUUACAUUCUAGCAUUGAAAUACCGUUUUAGUAACUUCUCCCAAAAAUGAGAAUAAUGCGCGGAAAUCAUCAGUAGUUCAAAUUCUGAUUAUUGGGCUAUUCCAAAGUACGAGUCCGGCACAAAAUUUGCCAUCAUCCCACGAAAUUCGUUUUUAAUUUUCCAGAAAAAUAUAACUGAUUUCAUCAGAAAGUGAUAUAGGUUUUAAAGUCCACUCUCCACCAGGACAAUGAGGCGGAGUGCAAAGACUGCUUUAAAUGAUGACGUUUCGAUAUUCAAUUCAGGUAUGUCAAAGUAGCCACGAUUCAACAAAAAUUCGUGUUGAGAAAACAUGAAGUCAAAUGGACUACACGCUCGACAGCCAGAUAUUUUCGCAGAAUUUACACUGAGUAUUUCUCCCAAACUUCCUAACUUAGUAUUAGAACUUGUUUAGGAAUGUGAAGCUACUCCAAUUAUUACUUUAGUGUUUAGUGGAGGAAUUUUCCGAGGUUGUGCAUACACUGAAAUCAAAUAUUUUUUUUCUCUGUGUAACCUUUAUUUCUUCUGCAUUGUGUUACAUGCCAACUGGAUUUCUCUCAGCAAAUCAUAAUGUAGAGGUUUAAAUUUUUUAAAAGAAAUGUAAAAAUUUAAAUUUUUAAAGGAAAUGUAGAAGCUUGAAUUUUAAAAGAAAUAGCAAACAUUUAUGUGGUGCAUGUCGCCCGCUAAUUGACUUUGAAAAUUUCUUUUUAAUUUGUUUUAAAAAAUUUUAGGGAAGAGAGCUUUUAGUCGCUACUACGAGCAAACGAGUGCAAGGUCCCUGCCCCUUGCUGAGGCGACCGAUAAUUUCCGAGAAAUACAGCACAAAAACUCUCGUUCACCGCUAAUUUUCCGAAAUGGUGAAAGACUGAAAAAUUCAACAUUACACCAACGUUUUCUGAUAUUUGAAAACAGAUGGCAAAUUCGCUGUUCACCCUCAGUAAAACUCAAGAAAAACACGAAGUUCAUCGCAUGUUACCCUGCACCGGGAUAUUGCCGAUGAAGAGCCUGUUUUUUGAACGUUUAUCUAUAGUUUUCCCGUGCGCGCGACGCUGCAUUUUUCGAGCGUUUUCACACAGAAUUACCAACACAGGCCAUGAAAGGCCAUGAAAACGUGUUGUUCGUCUAUUGUUUUCCUGCUUUAUGGAAACGGAGGUGAACAGCUUGCACUGGUUACCUGAAUGUUUUCCUGUAGUUUUCGUGAGCGCACAAGCGCUGCCAGGUUGUGCUGUUUCAUUCAGUUGGUGUCAUUUGUGUCAAUUAAGUCUUUUGAGUUUGUUGGGUCAUUUGAGGUAGUUGGGUCACCGGAACUGAUUGGGUCAUUUGAGGCAAUUCAGUCAUCUGAGCUGGUUGGGUUAUUUAAGGUAGUUGGUCCACUGGAACUGAUUAGCUUAUUUGAAGCAGUUGGGUUACUGGAAUCCAAUGGGUCAUUUGUGGGAAUUCAGUAAUUCAGCCAUUUGAACUGGUUAGGUCACUUGAAGCAGAUGGAUCAUUGGAACCAAUUGGGUCAUUUAAGGCAAUUCAGUCAUUUGAGCUGGUUGGGUCAUUUAGGGCAAAUCAGUCAUUUGAGCUGGUGGGGUCAUUUGAGGCAAAUCAGUCAUCUGACCUAGUUGGUUCAUUUGAGGCAGUUAGGUCACUGGAACCGAUUGAGUCAUUAAAGAUAAUUCAGUCAUUUGAGCUGGUUGGGUCCUAUGAGGCAGUUGGGUCACUGGAACUGACUAGCUCAUUUGAGGCAGUUGGGCCACUAGAACCGAUUGAGGCUGCUGGCCCAUUCAUUGGGUUGACUGAAUAAGCGCCGCAUUGGUUCACAACAGUGUGGUGCUUAAUGUAAGCAGCAUUAGACCGAGUUGUUUAAGGAGUCAAACUAAAACAAACAAGUAUGGUGUAACUCAAUCUGAACCACCUUUAGAAAUUUAUUCUCAUAGAUUACAAUCAGAAUGUUUAUUAGUUUGAAGUGGUAACUUGUAACUUUAACAAUUACCAGACUGUCUUUCGCAUCCACUCCUAGUCGACACCAACACUCACCUUUACAUUGAAACUCCUGGUGCCAUGUCGAAAAAAUAUUAUUUGAUCGUUUUUAGAUAUUUUCUUUAUUUUAUUCAAUUAAAAAAAUAGCACUGUCUGCCUUGCAUAGUGAGAGUAUUAGUUUGUCCGGGCGGAGUGCAGACAAAAUUUUUCCUCGCCUUGCUAGAAAUGAGCAGUUAAACUGUGUGAAACCCUUUACCUCCUUGACUAAGAAAAUUCAAAAUAAGUCAGUUUUCUGCCAUAUCUUAUUCAAAACCAUACCAACGAUUACAAAAAGUUAUUUUAUUAAUAUCGGUUUGUAAUACUUUCCAAAGGUACCUUUACUCGAAAUAGAAAUAAUUUGACGUGAAUUCGCUUCAGCCUUUGGAUCGGCAAUCAGAAAAUAGAAUAAGAGAAUAAUUCCUCAUUGUUCAGGUCAAAUUUCUUAUCAGUCGUUACAUUCUAAAAUUAAAUUCCGUUUUUUGUAAUGUCUCCCAAAAUUAGAAUGAUGCGCGGUUCGUCAUCAUUGUCUGUGUUUAGAUAUUCUCUUCAAGCACACACUAAAGACGCGCACAGAGAAUUACGAGGAGGUGAAUCAUACGUUUUCAACUCAGUUGUCAACACUAAAUUACCUGCUAUACUCUCCCACCGACGCAGCACCACAGUUUCUUUAGAAACUUAGCCCAUUUAUUCAUUUGUUACGUGCCUGGUUUUUAAGCCUUUGACAAAUGUAAACUACUUUGGUUAUCAUGUUGAGUAGAAAUUGGUCUCUAUCGCAACAUGGUCAACUUUAGCCUCACUCCAAAUCGAAGGCUUGGCAUCUAAGUGCACAACUGUAAAAUGGCCUUUUAAACUGCUGGUUUGGCGUGUGGAUCUGCUAAUCCCACAAUGCAUUCUAAUUUUUUGCAGGACUUGUGCUUUGAAAUAGCCCAUUAAUCAGAAUUUGAACUUUGACGAUUCCCUCUCAUAAAAGUGUUGACGGGCUCCAUACACAUGCUUUUGAUCAAGCAAGAGCUGUAGGCCGAAUGUAACGCUGAAAUAAGUAUUGACGGUAUUUCUGGAGGUAUUUCCUAAAACAAGCUUGCGUACGAUGUCCUUUGAGCGAACUUUGAAGCAUAUCUGGUCGAGUGGAUGCGUCCUUCGAAACCGUUAGCACGAUGACGAAAGUAUUUUUUGGCAUUGUUUAUAUUUUUGCUCGGGAAGAACGGGUCUUAAAGAAGUAGUUCAGUUUCCCAGAAAUUUUAAACUAAAACACUUCAUCUAAACUUGCGUUUCGAAGGUCAUGCGUACUAAUAGUGCGUAAUAUUUUUAUUCGACUCUGUAGAGGAACAAAAACUCUACUCACUCUACAGCAGCCCUGUUUCUUUUUUAUCAAGACCUCAAGAUUUGACAGCUUGCCCAUCAUUUGUUUGCAAACUUUCUUUCUCUUACUUGCAUUAGUAGCAAUGGCUAGAUAAACCAAAAAGACCACUGCGCAAAAUUUCAUAGCUGCCUUGCAACUAUCUUGACUGCCCACUGAUUUCAGUGAGUCUCGACAAUAAUUGAGGAAUACUGCAAACCCCAUCCUAUCAACCCUUGAAACGCCUUUGACAUUCCCUACAAUUUCUCCUUACAUGACUGCAUACUCCAUCCUUAUGCUUUGUUGAGAGGAUUUCUACCUUCAUCAGACCAAUCUUAAUAGGCUAUUUUUAUGGAUUUGCUACAACCAACUGACCAACAGCAACCAAAAGUGGCUGAGGUGUGAAAGGGUACAAACCUGGCCACCAUGCAGGCUGUCAAACAAGAUGAAUAAGACAAGCCCCUUCCAGCUUCAUCGAAGACUGCCAGUAAGACAAGGGGUCCAACAGCAUACCCUUCCCACCCCUUGGGCUUUCCACAGAGAGCCAUUUGCAACCCACCCUUGGAUAGGUUAGUGGCUAAGCUGCAUGCGGGGCAAUACCCUUGACGUUAAGCCCUCUACAUUUCUAUCGGCAAGUCUGGCUUGAUAACGAGUGAUGCUCCUAACCUUAGUGGCUUUAAAAGUGAAGCAAUAGGGAGAGAGUUAAAACAAGCCUGCUUACUCGUCUAGAAAUGCCAUUUUUUGUACCUAACUUUAUCAUACUAUCUUGAAUGGGGAGUUUUUCUGUACGAAUCUUUGCCCCACCGAAUUUGAAAAUGUUACUGCAAUUGCAAUACAUAUACUUCAUUUGAAGAAAUGACAUUAUCAUAUUCUCUGUUACAGGUCAGUUCCUGAAACGUUUUUUUGACUGAACGAGUUUUACGAAAUGUCUUUGGAAUACGUCGAGAUUAAGUAUAUCAGUUAUACCACAGUGCUCUGAUUUAGUUAGAAAUGGACUUGCAGAACAUGAUUGUGUUCUUAAUUUCCAAAACGUCUACUCUCCAACAUUGUUAGGAAAGCUUAAUUAGGAUCAUAGGAGGGAUAGAAAUAAUUUUCGAGCAUAAUUCUCUAUACGCUGCAUGUUGUACAUAUUUCAUAAUAGGAAAAUAGCUGUGAUUCAACAUGAUGUCAAACAUACACAUAUCGAAUUUAAGACCAACUUCUAUCGUCAUUUUAUUGAUUAAAUUCCAUAGCACCACAUGUUAUCUCCUAUAAUAAAACAUCACAUCCAUUCUACUUCUAACAUUCUACUUCUACUUUGGGACAUGGGACUUCAGUCAGUUUGGCCAGAUGACUUCUCAAUAGAGUUCAAGCAGUUCAGAGUUCGAAACACCUACACACCUGAAUCAUGUCGUUAAAAAAACGUUCUUACGGAUUUACAUUAAGCUACAUCGUUUUGACUGGCUUUUCCACUUUAUAACCAUAAUAGAUAGCUCUUCAUUUAUGCCAGAACUUUCCAUAAGCUUUUUUGUCAGUGAGAGUCUUUACUUGCGGUCUUUACAAGGAUACAUUGUUAUUGCCACUCUGGGCACAAGACCAACUUGACAAAAACGAUUGCUGCACUUUGAGGUCCCACAGACGACUUUCACCAAACGGGUUUCAUGAUGUUUGAAUCUCCCCCUUCGACCUCGAACCUGAUACGUUCCCACUACGAAAUCAAAGGGACAAUAGUAAAUCAACCUUUUUGGUUUUCCUGGUCGAUCUUGAACUUCUCCUUUCAGCAUGCCUGCCUUAAGCAUGGUUUUGAAUUUAUCGAUGACCUUCGAUAAAGGAAUGCCAGAGCGAAACAAGGAUAUGAAAUCCCCAUCUGUACCGUAGCAAUGCUUGUCGGAAAUUUUCUUCUCAAGUAUUUUCAGUUCAUCGAAACUCUUGAGACACGUGUGACAUUGGAAGGGAUUCAUGAAUAACGUAAAAAAAAGAUAUUAUAGCUAAACUGUUACGUGGCUGUAAUUUAGUGUUAACAACUGAGUUAAAAACGUAAAUUGGCCACCGUAAAUAGUGAAAAAGGUGACCUGUCGAGCGUUAGCCCUUCGUCAGAUCGAUUGAAGGAAUUGUGGGUUGCGUUUAGGAGCUACGCUAUUGCUGGGAGUCUGGUGACGAGAAAACAAGAAUAAAUUAGUUGAAUGAAAAGCGCUAGUUGAUACCGUGGGGAUUAAGAGAGCCGAUUUGGAAGAUAAGCCGGGUCGACCCAAUAUGAAAAAAGAUAAAUCAAGAGUUUAUAUAACCGUGGUAUAACCAAUAUAUCUAAUAUCGACGUAUUCCGAAGACAUUUUACAAAACUCGUUCAGUCAAAAGAAAAAACGUCUCAGGAACUGACCUGUAACAGAGAAUAUGAUAGUGUCAUUUCUUCAAAUGAAGUAUGUAUACCAAUUCCAGUAACGUUUUCAAAAUUCGGUGGGGCAAAGAUUCGUACAGAAAAACUCCCCAUUCAAGAUAGUAUGAUAAAGUUAUGUACAAAAAAUGGCAUUUCUAGGCGUGUAAGCCACUGCAAUGGGUAUCCCUCUUUGAGAGAUACCCUGUAGUUGGAGGGUGGUUGAAAUUCCAAAGCAGUAGGCUUAGGAGAGGCCGCAAAACACUGAUGGCUAAGGUUAGGAGCAUCACCCGCCAUCAAGCCAGACUUGCCGAUAAAAAUGUAGAGGGCUUAACGUCAAGGGUCGUGCCCCGCAUGCAGCUCAGCCACUAACCUAUCCAAGGGUGGGUUGCAAAUGGCUCUCUGUAGAAAGCUCAAGGGGUGGGGAGGGUAUGUAAUUGGACCCCUUGUCUUACUGGCAGUCUUCGAUGAGGCUGGAAGGGGCUUGUCCUAUUCAUCUUGUUUGACAGCCUGGAUUACAGGACUGGUGGUCAGGCUUGUACCCUUUCACACCUCAGCCACUGUUGGUUGCUGUUGGUCAGUUGGUUGUAGCAAAUUCAUAAAAAUAGUCCAUCAAGAUUGGUCUGAUGAAGGUAGCAAUUCUCCCAGCAAAGCAUAAGAAUGGAGUAUGUAGUCAUGUAAGGAGAAAUUGUAAGGAAUGUCAUGGGCGUUUCAAGGUUUGAUAGGAUGGUGUUUGCAAAAUUCCUCAGUUAUCGUCAAGACUCACUGAAAUCAGGGGGUACUCAAGACAGUUACACGGCAGCUAUGAAAUUUUGUGCAGUAGUCCUUUUGGUUUAUCUAGCCAUUGGUGCUGAUGCAAGUGAGAGAAAGAAAAAUUACAAACAAAUAAUGGGCAAGUUGUCAGAUCUUGAGGUCUUGAUAAAAAAGAAACAGGACUGCAUAGUGGGUAGGGUUAGAAGAUCGUUUCUGUCGUCUACAUUAACUUUUCAUCAUCGCUUUCAGGUUGUCUGACGGUUUGGAAUUUCGGCUGGAUAAGUUGAUCGUUAAAAUGUCGGUUUGGAAUACCCCCAUUUAUCUACUUAUGAUUGAUUGCUUAGGCUGAUCUCUAAGUUGAUCUCUCCUCUUCAGUAAGGUGGCCUAUUGGGGCAAAAACACAACUCAAUUUCUCUAAUGAAACACAACAAUGUUUUCGAGAACACAACGAAAUUUUCUAAAACGCAACAAUCUUUUCCAGAACACAACGAAAUCUUCUAAAACACAACAAUCUUUUCCAGAGCACAAGGAAUUUUUCUGGUACACAAAAGCAAGCUAAAUCAAACCAAAAUUAAAAUUUCAAAGUACUGGUGAAGACUGUCGCUGAAAGCGACCGGAACCUGGGACUAGCUCUGGCUACAAGCUGCUAAUUAAGGCGCCAUUUUUGUACCGUUCACAUUGAGGAAUUGAGCUAAAGUGGCUUCUUCUAGUUCAGUAAGCGAUCAUCUAGAAGAAGAAAGUAUAAUUUCACAUUAGUUUUCAAGAGGAUAUACGUAUGAAGUUAUAGCUGAAUUUUUAGCCAAGUGUGAUGGCGUUACGAUGGGUUUACGAAUAUUGAAAAAUACAGGUUGUAAGUUGAAGCAUUUGAACUUUGAGGAGAAGAUGGCCAUAUUUUGACAUGAACGUUGUCUAGGAACAAAUCAUAAAUGAACUUAGUGGCCCAAGAUCUCCAAUACGUGGUUGUAUUGAUGGAUGGAGUCGAAAAAUAAUGUGGCUAACAGUCACAAAGUCGAACAACCAUCCAGAAAUUAUUGCCAAUUUCUAUUUGAACUGUGUUGCAGGGUCAGAAGGCUGUCCAGUGAAACUGAGGACUGACUGUGGAACAGAAAACGGUGUAAGAGCAGCUUUACAAUGUACAUUUCAACAAGAUGCAGAAGCGCACAAGUAUGGGUCAUCUCUGGUGAACCAAAGGAUUGAGAGCUGGUGGGUAUUUUACGGAAGAAACAGUUGUUGUAAAGCAUGUAGGAAGCGGCUAGAGUAUGAAAGAAGUGCUUGAGUGCUCAAGCCGCUUCAUAACCCUUUAACUCCCAAGAUCUCACUAUUAAUUCUCCUUACUAUCUGCCAUUAAGUUCUUGUGAUGUCAGUUUUGAGAAUUUGGUAUUGUAUCAACUUAUAAUCCACUAAUUGAUAUUUUUCUUUGUUCUUGUCACAUGUCUACUUGAUGUUGUAAAGAUAUUAUAAGGAGAAAUUCUGUCUUGGUCACUCAUGGGAGUUAAAGGGUUAAGUGCUUUACAAUAGAACAGAGCACUGUCAAGGCUUCUCUAUUUUUUUUAUAAUAAAGAAUCCAUUAAAUUCCCCACACAUUGCUUUCAAUUUUUAAAGCAAACUCUAGGUGAUAAAUUGUGACUGGUCCCAAAUGGGGGCAUAGUUUUUUUUUUUGUUUUUUUGUACUAAAUUUGUCUUCCCUCUAAUUAUGCCCACUCAUAGUGCCUCUUUUGAGUCAGUUUUUGUUUUGUUUGGGAGGAGAUCACAUUAAGCCGUCCUAGAUAUAAUGCAGUUAGUCAAAAUGCUUUCUUAGUCUUAAUACAGUUAAGAUGUUGUGGCUCUUUUUAUAAACAAGGACAUCCUCUGAGAUUUUCUUAAAUUCAUGGCUCAGCCUUUUGUGACUUUGAGAUAAGAGUGACUCUUAAAUGUAGCAUGCAUUUAAGUUCAAUAUUUAAAGUAAUCAUAAAAGACAAUCACAAUGACUAAAUAAUAACUCCAAAUGAAAACAAAAACAAAGCCUACUUUUAAAAGAGCUGUAAGGCUUGAGUGAUUAACCUUCCACACUCCAACAUCAUAAUGUACAUUCUCUAUACUGUUCUAUAUGUACAAGAAUAAUUUGUUUGGCAAUCGAGAGCUUCUUCAGUUGGUGAUUAUUUCCUUUACCCUCGUGAUCUUCCCGUUUGAUUCAAGGUUGAUAGUGUAGGGAGAAAUAAGAUGCUGGUCAGCUCUAAGUGGUUAAAGGGUUGUCACCGUUGGGUUAAUGAAGUAUAGCAUCUGACAGGGUGAGAUAUUGGUGCGAGCUUGCUGGACCACUUAUAGACCAAAGUGAAGUGAUACCAAUGUAAUGGAUACUAAGUUGAAAAUUUUCUUAUCUUGCAGGACACCAUGUGUUGCGUGACAUUCGAAAUAACUACUGCAAAGGAGUCAACAGACAUGGCACACUGAUCUUCUCUUCUCAGUGGCAGCCCAAGCGAGGCCUAUACCCUGACAUUAGGCAAUGAAGAUCUGUCUGUUUACUGUUCCAUGAAUGAAAAGAGUUUGGAGACUGCGUUGGUGGAGGAUGGACGCUGGUCAUGAAGAUCAAAGACAAACAGAUAAUCCAAACAUGUUGAGGGCUCCAAAAUGCCAUUAACCCUUUCACUCCCACAAGUGACCAAGAAAGAAUUUCUCCUUACAAUAUCAAUACAAUAUCAAGCAGGCAGGUGAUGAGAAUAGAGAAGAAUAUCAAUCAUGGGAUUAUUAGUUGAUCCAAUACCAAAUUCUCUGAACUAACAUCAUAAGAAUUGUAUGGCAAAUAGUAAGGAGAAUUACUAAUUAGAUCUUGGGAGUGCAAGGGUUAACUAAUAGAAUAUUCACUCUUUAUCGCCCAGGAGGGGGAGGGGGGUGGGACAGUUUUUGUUGUAUCCAAUAAAAUUUGCCUGAUUCUCUUUCUCCCCCCCCCACCUCAAGGGCUCUGUAAUAUUGUGAAACAACCCCCCCCCCCACUGGCACCUGAUGUGAAUAUUGAGUGGUUCCUAAUGGUGGCAUUGUUUUUUAAGUUGUUGAUUUUCUCUCUAAUUUUGCCUACUCCUGUUUGUUUCAUAGUGCUUCUUUUGAGUCAGUUUUUGUUCUAGAGGAGAUCACAUUAAGUAAUCCUAGCUAGAUAUGAUACAGUAAAGAUAUUGUGGCACUUUAUAUGGAACUUUUUAUAAACAAGAAUGUCUUCUAAAACUUGUUUAUGUUCAUGACUCAGCCUUCAGUGACUUAGACGAGAGUGACUCUUAAAUGUAGCACGCAUUUCGAUUGAGUAUUUAAAGUAAUCACAAAAGACAAUCACAAUAACUAAAUAAUAACUCCAAUUGAAAACACAAACAAAGACUUCUUUUCAAAGAGCAGGAAGGCUUGAGUGAUUAGCCUUUACGCCCUAACAUCUGAUCAUAAUGUACAUUCUCCAUACUGUGCUAUAUACCGGUAUAUACAAGAAUCAUUUGUUUAGCAAUCAAGAGCUUCUUCAGUAGGGGAUCAUUUCUUUUACUCUCUUGACCUUCCUGGUGAUUCAGGGUUGAUAAUGUUGGGAGAAAUUAGAUGCUAGUCAGCUCUUAGUGGUUUAAGGGUUAAAUCAUGAUUGGGUUAAGUAUCACAUCUGACCAGGUGAGAGAUUAGUGCAAGUUAGUUGGACCACUCAUAAAACAAAGUGAAGUAAUACCAAUGCAAUGGAUACUAAGUUGAAAAUUUCCUUAUCUUGCAGGAAACCUUCAGUUACCUUCAGGUCUUCAGUCUCUCAAAAAUGGAGUCAUCAGAUUGGAUCACUUGAAGACCCUGUUACCAACCUACUGAAGCACUUCCUUCACCAAGAUAUGCCUUGGCACGAAGUUUGAUGGGGUAACGAGGUUCUUGCAAUUGGGUCAGGAAGCAGUUCCACUGUAUGCCCUCAUUGCUGAUGGUCAAUACCAUGCUACCUCGCUAGAUUGGGAUGCAUGGAAUAGGCUGAUUGUCCUGAUGCCUCUCUGCAGCAAUGAUGUAUUCAAGAAGGGUUCAAUUCACAUGUAG